CUUCUGUACAUCGUAUUUUGAAUUGUAUGGGGAAAGUAUUGAUAUUUUUCUCUUUCUCCGCUCAGGUAAAAAAGCACAAUUUGAUUUUCGAUGAUUGAAAAGAAGAAUAAGGGUGCGAACUGCGAAAAGAGACGAAGGAAACAAUUUUUUUUUCAAAAUGAAUUUUCAAAAGCAAUAGACAAAAGCUAUCAGAAAGUUGCCCAAAAAUGAAAAAUAGCAGAGGGAAAACUCCCCAGAUUCAUGCCAAAGCUCUCAGUAUUUUCACUAAUUCAUCAAAAUAUCGCUACCUUUGACUCCUAUCAUUGUACAAAAAUAAAUUCAUUUUGUGCUUAUUGCCAGCCGGUGUUUAAAGCGUUUAUUUUUUGCUAAAAGGGGGCUGAAGAAGUUGUCGCAGAGUUUGGCCCAAAGGGCCAAUAGGUGUCCUGCAGUGUCUAACCCACUGUCAAUAUUUUUUGUCCAUCAUUGAUUUUGUGGCUUAGCAAAAGAAGCUGAAGACCAACCCUUAUUUCAAGUUAUGGCUGAAACAAAAAAUCCACUCAAAGAUAAAUUGAAUGACGAUGAAUUGGAUCUGAGUAUAUGUAAUUAUGCUGAUAAAGAUGUUCCAGUCAAAGAUAUAGCUCUUCUGAAGAGGGCAAACAAGCUUGACUUAUCAAAUAAUAAGUUGAUUGGCCUGCCUAAAACAUUUGCAACACUGACUCACUUGGUGAAGCUUGAUCUUAGCUGCAACCUUAUCGUUGAGCUGCCAACCAACUUUGGAGAACUAGAACGCCUGAAGCAUUUGGACCUCUACAACAACAAGCUCACUCACCUUCCGGUGAGUUUCCACCGGCUCACCUCGCUGCGAUGGCUGGACCUGAAGAACAACCCGCUGAGCUCUCAGCUGGCGGCCGCCGCCGGCGAGUGCCUCAACCCCAAGGAGUGCGAACAGUGCGCGCGCCGCGUGGUCCAGUUCAUGGGCCGCGUCAAGGAGCACUACGACCAGGAGCGAAUACGGCGGCAGCAGCACGAGAAAGAGCUCAUGCAAGCGAAGUUGGCGGCAGAAGAGGCAGAAAAGGAGAGGUUAAGGCUGGAGAAAAAGGCUAAAAAGGAGAAAAAGAAGCAAGAGUUGAGGGAAAGGAAGAUAGAGAAUCUGCACCACCAUCACCCGGAUGACGCAGAACUGAAAGCGUCUCUGGUGGAGGAAAAGAGUGUCAAAUCAUCGAAAGCAGAGAGUGGUGGCGGCCUCUCGUUCGUCGGUAAGCUGAACCUGGUACUCCUUCUGACGGCCGUGGCGCUGGUCGGCGGCGCCCUCUACCUGCAGCAGCGCGGCGGCAGGGCGCCCAGCGCCGGUCUGCCCGCCGACCUGGCCGGACGAGCCGUGGACUUCUCCGUGCGGGCGUUCGAGCGUGUCUCCGAGCUGGGCACCAGCACCGGCGACCUGCUGGUGAAGCAGACGCUGGCGGUCUGGCGGUGGGGCGGGGAGCUGGCCGCGCAGAUAGACCUGUACUUGACGCAGGCGCUCGGCGAGUCCUGGCACUCCACCAAGGCGGCCGCUGGGGAGGCCGGCAGUGCGCUGAGCCGGGUCUCGCGCCGCGCCGGCGAGCAGAGCCUGGCACUGCUGUCGUACGCGGUGCGGCGGGCCUGGGAGUCGGCCGGCCCUCUCUGGGGGGCGGCCUGCGACCAGGCGGCGCGACUGCGACAGGACGCCGGCCCGCUGCUGAUACAGUGGACCGAGGCCGGCUGGCGCGCGCUCGUCGACUUCUGGGCGGCCGUGCAGCGCGAGGCGCCCGGGUACGCGGCGGCCGCCUGGGAGGUGGCCUGUCGGGUCGCCCAGGGCGUCUGGAUGAUGUGCUCUGACGGCUGGGAAGUGGUCAGCACCCAAGUGCCUGUAUACGCCUCGCUGGCCGCUGAGCGUCUCACUAAACUGGUGGCAUCCGUAACAGGUGGUUAGGGGCGCUGCUGGCCUCAGCCACAUCGGCCAGCGAUAUAUACUAUUUUGUUGCUUUCGGUUUGGUGAUUUUACGCGAAUCUAUCAGUUGUGCGUAAAAUGCAUGGGAUUUGGUUUCUACGGGCAUAAUGGGUUGGUGGGAAAUUCAGCGGGGCAACUUUGUGCGUUUAAGCACCAAACUGUGUGCAUCCAAUGGGUGUGGCGUCACGUUUUGCAACGAACCUUUGGCUGCAUGUUGUGACGAGAACAAAAGGUACUGUGCGGAUCGUGUGCCAGCAAAAUGACGUUGUGUAUGACUUCCUUGGUCCCAUUAACGGAUUGCUUAUGGCUCAAGUUUCGGUUGGGUUCUUCGCGUUUUGGUGGUUCUGCAUUGCUACGAUGAUGGCUUCGUUGUUAAAUUAGCUCAUUCUGGUCAUUUUUCAAUUUUGGUAUGGAUCAAGUGGAGACCCAGCGACAAGAAUAUUAUUUGUACGAGUUUAGGGUCACUGGUAAAGAUAUGGUCGUUUUAUGUGAUACGAAGCCAUUCCGCUCACACAUCCAAAUGAUCUUAUGUGUGAUAAAAUAAACGGUGAAUUAACAA